AGAAGCCGUCAGUUAUCAUUUGGCGAUGUGAUUGAUAAUUAAGCCUAUUCAUCUGUGAGUGCCGCGAUUUAAACAAAUAGUGGAAAUGUCUUUGAUGUGCUUUACUGAUAUGCUUCCAUUGAACAUAGACGCGGUAAAAGACAAAAUACCGGUCACUUCGUGUCGAUCGUGUUUAAAUAUAUUUUAGCGUAUAUACCCUUUAUUUGGAACGCAUCCUGACAUUGUGUUAGUUUGUUAUCUUGUGAGUUAAAAGUAAGCCUGUGCAUGCAAUUUGGAGUUAAAACCUCGUUUCGUAAACCAUCCGGCAGCCAUCUUAUAUCACGUGACCACCCGCCAUGUUUAGCGGUAGGGGCAAAUCGCGAACGAAGCUGGAACAGCUCUUCCGACAAGAUCAUAGCGACGUGUACUUCAAUAAUGACCGACUCAACGACGAUCUUGUCAGCCGAAUCGAAUAUAUGGAGAAAGAAAUGCACAAACAUGACCAGCUGAGGGGUGUGGAGAUCUUCAAACUCCGGCAGGAGAUGAAGGAGGGAAGGCUACUCCAGUUGGGCCAUCAGGAGGGAGACGAGACGGACGGACGGAGGGUCAGGCCCCACACGGCAGCCGGAAAUGCAUCACGAAUAAAGUCAGCCUCAAGCAGCGGUAAAAAACGCGCCAAAUCGGCAUGGGCUCGAACGCAGGCAGACGACAAAGUUGGAACCUCGGAAAACAAGCAGACUGAAAGGAUCGAAAGGAGCUCAUCUCCGACAUCGUCGGUAUCGACCUUGCAAAACACGAAGACACUGAAACGGUACCGAGACAUCACACCAAACCGGUUUAAAGAAAACGGGAGGUUUCCCGCGGAGUGGUAUAUUCGUUGCAUCCCCGCAUCCGAUACGGCGGUUCACAACGCACGCAUGCGGACAAGAGGCAAAUCCGCUCCGUCACCGUUCAAUUUUCUGGCAAAAAUCCGAGAACAGGAAAUGACGGAAAGGAAAUUAAAGGAAUACACGCAAGUGAAACUGACUACAAACGGUGAAAAUGCGGCAUCGAACAUGAAUCAAACAGGGGAAGGGUUAAGCUUGAUGUGUGAAGAUACUGUUAAACCGAUUUUAAUGUCCCGAAGACGUUUGAUGCAAAUAGCGAACGAAAAGACCUUCGUUGAUCGAGGUCCGAGUAGAAAUACAAUGCGACAUUCCGAAUUUAUCAAUAAAAACAACGAAGAGGUGAACACUAUAUCUAAAAAGGUUCAAGACUUUUGUGCUAAGCUGGAGGAUUUUAAAGCCAACGAGAUCAUCGAGUUAAAGGAGCGAGAGGAAGCGAGAAAACGCGAACGCGAGGAGCAAGAAUAUCAAAGAGCUAUAGACGAAGCGAAAAGGCGAGAGGCAGAUGCAGAAAAACGAAAGGCCGAUGUUGAAGAUGAUAAAUGGGAAAAUAAGUGGAGAUAAUGAUUAUUUAUCAGUGAAUAAUUAUGUAAACACGUGUAUGGAAUACUUUCAUAAUUUACGGUGGUUCUUAAUAUGUUUAUACAUUUUAAUUUAUUCUUUAUUUGUUAAAUAAUUUUUAAUGUUUGACGUUACCGAUGUGUUUUUUAACAGAAUUGCUUGGCAUUAAAGUUUUAUAAAUAUCA